AACAAAAGUGAAUAGGUUGGAUAGAGAGCGGAUAAUUCCAAUGUUCAUAUGUUUAUUGUCUGUUGAGCAAGAAUGCCGUGUUCCAUGUGGCUCAUUCCACUUCUGAUUCUAGGCAAUACCAUUUCAACUAAUGCCAAUUCAGUAAAACUGAUGGAUGGCUUCAACACUUGUUCUGGAAGAGUGGAGGUUCUCUAUAAUGGAAUAUGGGGAACAGUGUGUGAUGAUGGCUGGGAUCUAUCAGAUGCUGCAGUGGUGUGUAGAGAGAUGGGUUGUGGAGAUGUUAUAGAGGCAAAUACUGGUGCUUAUUUUGGAAAAGGUUCAGGAUCGAUAUGGAUGACAGAUGUAAACUGUGUAGGAGUUGAAUCUACACUGAGCAGCUGUGGGUUCCGUCAAUGGAGAGUGAAUGACUGUGACCAUUCAAAGGAGGCUGGAGUCAUCUGUCAGUCACCCAUCAGGUUAGUGGAUGGCAGUAACUCAUGUUCUGGGCGGGUGGAGGUUUUCCAUGAUGGUGAGUGGGGAACUGUGUGUGAUGACAGCUGGAAUUGGAAUGAGGCAGCAGUGGUGUGUAGAGAGAUGGGCUGUGGAGAUGUUAUAGAGGCAAAAACUGGUGCAUAUUUUGGCCAGGGCACAGGGCAAGUAUGGUUAAGUGGUUUACAGUGUUACAGCAGUGAAUCAGCACUGAGAAGCUGUAAAUCAAGUGGAUGGGGAAAAAACAGCUGUGGACACGAUAAGGAUGCUGGAGUUGCCUGUCAGUCCAAAAUUAAGCUGGUGGAUGGCUUCAACGCUUGUUCUGGGAGAGUGGAGGUUUACCAUCAGUUUUGGUGGUUGUGGGGAACAGUGUGUGAUAAUGGCUGGGAUCUAUCAGAUGCUGCAGUGGUGUGUAGAGAGAUGGGCUGUGGUGCUGUUGUAGAGGCGAAGAGUGGAGCUUAUUUUGGACAAGGUUCAGGAUCAAUUUGGAUGACUGAUGUAAACUGUGCUGGAGAUGAGUCUACACUGAGAAGCUGUGAGUCUCGUAAAUGGGGAGUGACUGACUGUGGUCAUUCAAAGGAUGCUGGAGUCAUCUGUCAGUCCCAUACCAGACUGGUUAGUGGCAUCAACUCUUGUUCUGGGAGGGUAGAGGUUUUCCAUGAUGGUGAGUGGGGAACAGUGUGUGAUGACAGCUGGGAUUGGUCCGAGGCAGCAUUGGUGUGUAGAGAGAUGGGCUGUGGAGAUGUUAUAGAGGCAAAAUCUGGCGCAUACUUUGGCCAGGGCACAGGGCCAGAAUGGAUGAGUGCUUUACAGUGUUACAGCAGUGACUCUUCACUGAGAAACUGUAAAUCAGGUGGAUGGGAACAAAACACCUGUGGACAUGAGAAAGAUGCUGGAGUCAUUUGUCAGUCCAAAGUUCAGCUGGUGAAUGGCAUCAACUCUUGUUCUGGAAGAGUGGAGGUUUUCCGUCAGUGGUCAUGGGGAACAGUGUGUGAUAAUGGCUGGGAUCUAUCAGAUGCUGCAGUGGUGUGUAGAGAGAUGGGCUGUGGAGAUGUUAUAGAGGCAAAGAGUGGAUCUUAUUUUAGACAAGGUUCAGGAUCAAUAUGGGUGACUGAUGUAAACUGUGUUGGAAAUGAAUCUACACUGAGCAGCUGUGAGUCCCGUAAAUGGGGAGUUAAUGACUGUGACCAUUCAAAGGAGGCUGGAGUCAUCUGUCAGUCCCCAAUUAGGCUGGUAAAUGGUAUCAACCAUUGUUCUGGGAGAGUGGAGAUUUUCCAUGAUGGUGAGUGGGGAACAGUGUGUAAUAACGGCUGGGAUUGGAACGAGGCAACAGUGGCGUGUAGAGAGAUGGGCUGUGGAGAUGUUAUAGAGCUAAACAGUGGUACAUAUUUUGGCCUGGGCACUGGACCAGUAUGGUUAAGUGAUUUACAGUGUUACAGCAGUGAAUCUACACUGAGAAACUGUAAAACAAGUGGAUGGGGAAAAAGCAGCUGUGGACAUGAGAAAGAUGUUGGUAUCAUCUGUCAGUCCAGAACUAAAAUGGUAAAUGGCUUCAGCUCCUGUUCUGGUAGAGUGGAGGUCCUCUAUAAUGGUCAGUGGGGAACAGUGUGUGAUAAUGGCUGGGAUCUAUCAGAUGCUGCAGUGGUGUGUAGAGAACUGGGCUGUGGAGAUGUUAUAGAGGCAAAGACUGGUGCUUAUUUUGGACAAGGUUCAGGAUCGAUAUGGAUGACAGAUGUAAACUGUGUUGGAAAUGAGUUUGCACUGGGCAGCUGUGAGUCCCGUAAAUGGGGAGUGAAUGACUGUGACCAUUCAAAGGAUGCUGGAGUCAUCUGUCAGUCUCUUAUCAGGUUGGUGAAUGGCAGUGACUCUUGUUCUGGUAGAGUGGAAGUUCUGCAUUAUGGUCAGUGGGGAACAGUGUGUGAUGAUGGCUGGGAUCUAUCAGAUGCUGCAGUUGCAUGCAGAGAGAUGGGCUGUGGAGAUGUUGUAGAGGCAAAGAUUGGAGCUUAUUUUGGCCAGGGCUCAGGGCCAGUAUGGAUGAGUAAUUUACAGUGUGAUAAAACUGAAUCUACCCUAAGAGAUUGUACAGCAAUUGGAUGGGGAACAGGCAGCUGUGGACAUGAGAAGGAUGCAGGAAUCGUCUGUAAACAUCGUGUUAGGCUUGUCAAUGGCAUGGACUCUUGUUCUGGUAGAGUGGAGGUUCUCCAUAAUGGUCAGUGGGGAACAGUGUGUGAUGAUGGCUGGGAUCUAUCAGAUGCUGCAGUGGUGUGUAGAGAGAUGGGCUGUAAAGAUGCUUUAGAAGCAAAGACCGGAGCUUAUUUUGGACAAGGUUCAGGAUCGGUAUGGAUGAGUAAUGUAAAGUGUGUUGGGACUGGAUCUAUAUUGAUGAACUGUCCAUAUGACUCGGGUUUACUCAGCUGUGGCCAUGAGAAAGAUGCUGGAGUCAUCUGCGGAUAUGUUAAAAUAUUUCUGAGGAUUAAGGUGAAGGCUGGCUCUGGAAUCAACCCAAAUGAUCCUGCAAUCAUGAAUAACAUUUUAGAAGAGAUGGGGAGGAAGCUACCAACAGAUGGGAUUUCCCCACUCCAGUGGAGAACUCAAUCCAAUGGAAAAGUCUUCCAGAAGGGAAAUGUAUUCGUACUCUGACAGGUUGCCAAAACUUAAAUUUAGUUCAUUUUAAAUUAUGAAUUUAAUAGUUCCCCACAAUAAAAAUGCACAGUGGUGUUGGUACCACAGGUUAUUGAUGGAAUACAAAAGAGAAAACAAGCUCACAUUAUCUUUCAGGACACUGGAUGCUACAUUCUUCUAUAUUUCUAAUCUGACCAUGUAAAAAUUAAAUGGAUAAUUAUGUUACAUGCUUUUUCUGUUGUAAGUUUUAGGUGCUUCAUUUAUCUUCAAUUAAAGAUAAUGUUUAAUGUUCUGAUGUUUGUUUAGGUACUGAUAAAGCUGUGUCCUAAUUAGCUAGCCAACAGAUAUGUUAAUAAGAUGUAAUGUAUGUAGUUGUCUUAAUAUACCUUAUUGUAAAUUUUCAAUAUUCUGUUUAUAGUUUUAGAAUGUAAAUGUACCAAUAUAAUUAUUGAAUUAAAUAAAAAUCCAUUCGUAUUUAGCUAAUAAUUAUGUUGUUUGAAAUACAUAUAAAUAAAUUAAACAGUAUAAAAUCUAUCUAAAAAUACUUUUGGUAGUUACCAAUGCCAGCAUACAAUGUAAACAUCAGCCCAAUUUUUUUUUUUAUGGAGAUAAAUGUACAGCUACUAUCUACAUGAAUGGAGAAAGGCCGAAAUCUCCAAAAUGGUUGGUCGAGAUUACGAUCAAAGAACAUAUUUCAAAUCAGCAAUAAAAUAU